AUGAAAACCUUCGUCCUUUUGGUUGCUCUGUUCGCUGUUGCCAGCGCGGAAUGGAUCGAUAUCGAUUGGUCCAAGGUGCGCCCGAUCGAGGAGUUCGAUCACUACUGGGCUCGUCUGCCAGCGGAGAUGCAGAUCUACCGUCACGCUAGACCAUCGCAUCGUGUCACCAAUGGCCAGGAAGCGACUCCUGGACAGUUCCCGUACCAGAUUGCUCUGCUGAGCGAUUUCCCCACUGGAUCCGGUCUGUGCGGAGGAUCCGUCUUGACCAACAACUACAUCCUGACCGCUGCUCACUGUGUCAUCUCGGGCGCGUCUACCCUGGCCACUUCAGGAACCGCCAUCAUCGGUGCUCACAACCGCCUCGAUGCGAAUGAGCCAUCCCAGCAACGCAUCGGUUUCUCGACCGCUGGAAUUAUUGCUCAUCCGCAGUACACUCCGACUAACAUUCGUAACGAUAUCGCCGUGGUCCGUCUGAACUCGCCGAUCACCUUCAACGAUCGCGUCCAACCAGCUCGUCUGCCGGCUCGCUCGGACACUCGUCAGUUCGGAGGAUCCAUGGGAACCGUUUCCGGAUUCGGUCGUACCUCGGACGCUUCGACGGCUGUCUCGCCCGUUGUGAUGUUCACCUCUAACCCAGUGUUGACGGAAGCUGACUGUAUUUCUCAGUGGAAUAAUGUCCUGAUCCAGCCCCAAAAUGUGUGCAUGAGCGGAGAAGGCGGUCGCUCAUCGUGCAACGGUGACUCUGGUGGCCCGCUGGCUGUCCAGGAUGGUGGUGCCAGCCUCCAGAUUGGUGUUGUGUCCUUCGGAUCGGCUGCCGGUUGUGCCAUUGGCAUGCCAUCAGUGUACGCCCGUGUUUCCUUCUUCCUCGGAUUUAUUGAGGAGAACUCGGACUUUGUGGCCAACCCCUAGAUUUCGUGAUUUCGA